AAAGACGCGGGCGAGGCAGGAAGAGUCAAUAGUGAGCGGGGUGGCAUGCGCCCUGAGUUGCCAGGCUGGGCCCGCACUCGCUCCUCUUCCUCAGAGGCCUCUCUUUCACCCUCUAUUCUUCGCUAGCCUCUAGCUCGGGGUCAUAGCGGAGCGUACGGUGAGGGGGCGUUUGUGUUCUCUCCCUGGUCUUCCUUCCAACUACGGGUACAACCAGUCCUGGACUGGUUACUUCCUGUCUUCGGGCCGCAGACGCUUCACCUGCAAAUUGGGGGCGGUAAUUAGGCGCUUUCUAGCCCAGCGAACGGACGUUCUAUGGGGACUUGAGAAGCAGAGCUCGUCCUCUCUUUUCCUAUUUUAAUCUCUUGGUAGCCCUAUGAUGCGCCUGGCACGAGUGAAGGAUGGAAUAGUGGUUAAGCUCUGGGCUCUGGGGUGGGUAAUCCUGGUGGCCACUUUAACCUUGGACGAGUUACGCAGCCACGUUUUACUUGCAGUAUUUCCUAACCUCUUUGAGCCGGUUUUAUCAUCUCUGUUGUGUCCUAAUAUUGUCUACACAAGCAUGGAUUUAUAUAUAUUUGCUUAAUACCCAUCAGUAGAGCACAGUAAGAGCUCAGGCUCUGGGUUAGGAUCCAGGCUCCGCCAUUUACAGGCUGUUGGAUCCUGGGUGAGAUAACCUUCCUGUGCCUCCGGUUGCCCACCUCUAAAAUGGCAUAAGCUGAAGAUUGAAUGAGCUGGCAGGGAAAUUACCUUCCUCUCCUCCAAGAUGUACAGAACCAAAGUGGGCUUGAAGGAUCGCCAGCAGCUCUACAAGCUGAUCAUUAGCCAGCUGCUCUAUGAUGGCUACAUCAGCAUUGCUAAUGGCCUCAUCAAUGAAAUCAAGCCUCAGUCUGUGUGUGCGCCCUCGGAGCAGCUCCUGCACCUCAUCAAACUAGGAAUGGAAAACGAUGAUACUGCAGUUCAGUAUGCAAUUGGUCGGUCAGAUACAGUUGCCCCUGGCACAGGAAUUGACCUGGAGUUUGAUGCAGAUGUCCAGACUAUGUCCCCAGAGGCUUCAGAGUAUGAAACAUGCUAUGUCACAUCCCAUAAAGGACCAUGUCGUGUAGCUACCUAUAGUAGAGAUGGGCAGUUAAUAGCUACUGGAUCUGCUGACGCUUCCAUAAAAAUACUUGACACAGAAAGAAUGUUGGCCAAAAGUGCCAUGCCAAUAGAGGUCAUGAUGAAUGAGACUGCACAGCAGAACAUGGAAAACCACCCAGUGAUUCGAACUCUUUACGACCACGUGGAUGAAGUCACGUGUCUCGCUUUCCACCCAACAGAACAGAUCCUUGCCUCUGGUUCAAGGGACUAUACUCUUAAAUUAUUUGAUUAUUCCAAACCAUCUGCAAAAAGAGCCUUCAAAUACAUUCAGGAGGCUGAAAUGUUACGCUCCAUCUCUUUUCAUCCUUCUGGAGACUUUAUACUUGUUGGAACUCAGCAUCCUACUCUUCGGCUUUACGAUAUCAACACAUUUCAGUGCUUUGUCUCUUGCAAUCCUCAAGAUCAACACACUGAUGCCAUAUGUUCCGUUAAUUACAAUCCUAGUGCCAAUAUGUAUGUGACUGGCAGCAAGGACGGCUGCAUCAAAUUGUGGGAUGGUGUUUCAAAUCGAUGCAUCACCACGUUUGAGAAAGCACACGACGGUGCUGAAGUUUGUUCUGCCAUUUUUUCCAAAAAUUCAAAAUACAUUCUGUCAAGUGGAAAAGACUCUGUAGCUAAACUUUGGGAAAUAUCAACAGGACGAACCCUGGUGAGAUACACAGGUGCUGGCUUGAGCGGACGGCAGGUGCACCGGACGCAGGCCGUUUUCAACCACACGGAGGACUACGUGCUGCUGCCUGACGAGAGGACCAUCAGCCUCUGCUGCUGGGACUCGAGGACGGCCGAGCGCCGGAACCUGCUCUCGCUGGGCCACAACAACAUCGUGCGCUGUAUCGUGCACUCGCCCACCAACCCCGGCUUCAUGACCUGUAGCGACGACUUCAGGGCGCGCUUUUGGUACCGGAGGUCAACCACGGACUAGAGCCGCCGGCGUUAAAUAGGGUUCUUUCCUCGAGGACUCCGCCCCUCCUUCCCCUUGUGUCCCGCCAUCAGCUUCAGUAGUAAGUCAUUGUACCAUCUUUGGCAGUUGUGCUGCCACCUCUGCGUCCUUCUGGGAUUUGUAUGAAAGAAUCUUUUUUUACCUUGAUGGAGAAUCAUGGUGGAAAAUGUUGGAAACACAGAUCUGUGCGGUUGUUCUGCAGUCACUGAUUAUUACAGUGUGAUUUUCAUCAGUUUUGUAAAUACAGGACUUGCUAUUUCCCUUGAUCAUUUGAAGAAGGACGGAGUGUUCAAGUGCUUUCUAGAUCCCAAGUGGAUCUGUCGUGAGGAACGUUCAUUUGGAUAUUUUGUCAACUCUCGUGCCUGUUUUACAUCCCCUUUGUACCUUUCCUUUCAGAAUACAUUUUGGCAGAUACGGGGGCAUAUGGCUCUGAGAAUCAAGAGUUUUAUGCCACGUUAAAACCAUUUUAGAACAUCGAUAGUAUCAAUUCUAUCCUAAAGUGACAUCACUCGGAUAAUAAAGUUCAGAUCUGCGACGUUACUGGUAACACAUUUUUCACUGCAGUGAAACUAAUGACCAGCUUUUCCUGAAGAUUUAUAGGAGGUCUGUCUCCCAUCACACGUCCCACAUUAUCCUUUCACAGCCUAAAAUGCUUGUCUUCAGUAAAUGUGUUUCUGAUGAGAUUAUUGCCAUUUGAUAGGAAACAUUGAAAAUACAUCCAGUGUAAUCAAAACUAGGUGAGCCCGCUAUUGCUCUCAGGUGUUGCUCAUCUUCAGGAAUGAUUACUGUCAAUUGACUUUGUUCUUAUGUAAUUUUAAAUCUUACUUUUCAGUUCCCUUCAGCAUGAGCCGUAACUACUCAUCGUGGAUAGACCCAGCAGCUGCAUUCUCAGAAGAUUUUUUGCAAUUAACGAACUAAUACAGGUUUUCUGGUUCUUGAAACUUGACAGUGGUUCUCUGGAUUCAACUCUAGCUAGGUCAGAGAGCCCUGAGCUCCCCUUACAGAGAGAAACUUUGGUUUAUCAUUAUCUCCCAAUACAAAUACCUCAUGGUCUGGGUAGGAGUACCUAGAAAUACAGUCUGGGAUCAUUUGAUAAAGAUACUAAAUAUGUUAAUUGUUUUAUGUUACAGGAAUUUUAUAGUCUUCUGAAGUUUAUUGUAUAAAAAGUCUGCUUUAGACAUCAUCCUUAAGGAUCAUUUUAACUCUUUGGUCUAUAAAACCAUUUUCAGCAUUCUUAACAUGGUAAGUCACAGGUUUUAGUUAAGAUUUCCAAAGAGCUAUAUUUUUUGGUCCGUAGUGAGUUUAAAUUUAUUUUGUGUUCUCAUUCUGCGGUAUUUGAGCUUGGCCAUCUGUGGGUGCUUUUCUUGUACGACCAAAAGAAACCUAUUGGAUAGAAACAAGGAUAACCAGUUCUACCCCAAAAUUACCAACCAAAACUACCCACGUUUUCCAUCUUUCAGCCUAUGAAACUGUAAAGCAGAGGUUCAACCUUUCUGCUUAUUCUCUCUGGCACAUGCACUGGGAUGACCACACUGUACUCCUGAUACAAUUUCCAUUGGACCUUUUUAACUGUCCAUGUAUUUAAAUGAUACUGCCUACUUUUUCCAGCUUUUGGAAUAGUCUCAGCAAUAGAUCUGUAGUUUCAGGACUUCUGUUUACAAGAUCAAGAUGCUUUUGUGUGUUUCCAAAAUAGAUUUCUUUUUAAAUUUUUUUGCUUUUAAAAAUCACAUUAAUGUUUGAAACUGGUGUAAAUGCCAGGUAUAUUACAUGGACUUGGUUUCAUCACAUCGUUAAUUAUUGUACCACUUAAUUUUACCACAUAACACCCUGACAUUCAGAUGGUGAGUAAUAUGCAGUUAAGAACUUAUAACUUCUAUGUUAUUUUUUAAAGACAUCUGAUUUCUAAAAUAAACUUUUUGUAUAUAAUGAUAAUUUAAAGCUAGUGUUUGUGGGGUUUUUUUUUUUUUUUUUGGAGCUUGCCUUGAAUGUUUCUGUAUUUGAACGUAAGCUCUUGAACAGCAGUUGUGACUUUGGACUGACACGUUUCACACUGUUUCUUCAGUGCUUUGUUCUAGAAGGCAGAUUUUCGU